CAUUGUGUUCUUUCCCUGAAUUCCGACUGUGAUGAGUCUCCCAACUGAUAGACAGAUUACACAACCAUUAUUUGAGAUUUCAGGAAUCCACUUUUUUGGUGCCAAGUCAAAUUUCCAUGGCGGGGUCUGUCCUCCUCUGCAGAUAUAAAUAAUCCUUCCUGCACAUAACUGCCUAACAUGCUCAAGAGUAACGAUUAAAACUAAUAAUACUUAAGACAAUAAACACAGUCAACAUCAUGUGGUUUUCCCUGACUGUGCUCCUCCUGGCUUCAUGCUGUCUAGCAGAUGUGACUGGAGAAAGGAUGAAACAGACAGCCUCCAGGUUUGGAUCGUUCCGGUCUAGGCGAAUGAUUGGAGGAUCUCUGGCUCCUCACGUCCCCUGGCAGGCUAUGGUCUACCUCUCUGACAGUGUGCUGGAUGGAGGCUACGCAGGUGGUGCCUUAAUCUCUGACCGUUGGAUUUUGACAGCCGGCAGGAACCUUUUUGUCCGGAAGACUAGACGGGAGAUUCAGGGAAAAGAUCCUGAAAUUCCUAAAGUCUAUCUGGGAAUCUCAGGUCGGGUAGAAGCUGUCGAGUCCAAACAGGUAGCUGUGCAGAAGAUCGUUCUCCAUCCAGGUUUUCAGAACCACACUGACUGGGACAACGACCUGGCUCUGAUCCAGCUGAAGGAGCCCGUGGUUAUGAGUGAUAAAGUGACACCCAUCCCCCUGCCAGAGAGAAACCAGGACACCCUGAGCGGUGCUGGGAUCAUCACAGGCUGGGGUUGGGGGAUCCAUCUUACUCCUGCUUCAUCACUCAAACACCUGGUCCUCCCCCUGGCUGAUCAGUCUGCUUGUAAAAGAGAAUAUGACGGGGAUGUUCUCACACCAGAUGUAGACGACAACAUGUUCUGCACCGGACCUGCCCAGUUUCAGCAUAACGUUUGUUUUGGUGAUGCAGGGGGCGCUUUGGUGUUCCAAGAUGAUGAUACUGGGGAUAUUUACGCUGGAGGGAUCCUGUCCUAUGACAAGCCUUGUAGCAGGAACACAAAUGGAGUCUAUAUGAAGAUUUCUGCAUAUUUGCCCUGGAUCCACAGUGUCAUCAGAGGAGACACGGAGAGAUCGGCUGCUCUGCGCUCUGAUGUGAUGUCUAAGCUGUCAUCAUGGUAACAGGAGAGCCCAGGCCUUCUCUUGAUUUUCAAUUUAAUUUUUGAUUGAUUUGGUGGAGAAACAAAUGUUUGAAGUCAGUGGAUUUUUAUUAAAAGCUCUUACCAC